AUGGUGGGUGACUUGUCAAGCAUUCUUAAAGUUGAAAAAAGAAGAUGGCAGACAUUGGAAUCUGUGAAAGAGUUUCAGGGACGAGAAACGGCUUUUCUCAUUGAUAGAUAUCGCUUCCUUGAUCUCUUCCCUUGCACAGAUUCAGAACUGCGCGCUCUCGGUUAUCGGGUCAGUCGUUCUUAUUCCAAUUUUGCUAUCAUUACUGAAUAUAUUUAUUUUCUCGCCGAGCUUUUGAGGCACCAUCUGGCUGGAUUUGCCAAUUCUAGAGGAUUUCUCGACGAUACUAUAGGAAUAAAUGCGGGUUGUGAAUCUAUUUCUUUGGCUGCCGGUGAACCAGGCGCUAGUUGUGACGAUAUGCUUGUUACUGUCAGUGGUGCUACGGGGACAGGUGGAAUUGUGGGUAAUGUAACCAGCGGCGGAGCUAGUGGAGGAGUGACCUCUAGUGUGGCAUCGUUAGCUGGCGGCUUGGGUGACUUCAUGUUGACUGGUGAUGGCCAUCUUCACCAUCAUCAUCACCGACCAGCAUAUCCACAACCCGAUGUUAAUCACAUGUUGCCAUUUAAACCUAAAGCCUAUCCUCGGAUCGGAAGUCACCCUGUUGCUGGAGGAGAAUUCCCACCUCCACCAACUGCAUCUCAUCUCCUCCAUCUGCUCCCACCACCCCAGUGCUUUAUGGGACCCUUCGUUGAUAUUGAUCGCUUUCUGGAACACUUUAUCAACCUAGAUCUUCCAAAGGGUUAG